GUCACUUCCUGGCGACCAGCGAGUUUCCUUCGCGCCAACUAGUUCAGAUAUAAAUAUAUAUAUUUUUAACUUUUCUGAAAACAAACGUGCGACAACGCUGCAAGAAAAGCUAUUAAAAUGGAUAUCAGGCGGUUCUUUGCACCGACGACAGCCAAGCCUGCGGUGCAGAAACCUGCCUCAAAUGGAAACAUCAAACCAGAGGAGAAGAACAAGAGGAAGAAGAAAUCUCUGUCUUCAGAUGAAGAUGGAAAAAAGAGAAAGAAAGAGACCACUAAGGUCAAAAGCCCCAAAACUCCAGAGCAAAACAAGAGCAAAGAAAAGAAACGGAAGAAGCGUGCUGUCAUAGAGUCUGAUUCAGAGGAGGAAGAGCAAGUGAUGAAGUCAAAGAAAUCCUCCAAAGAAAAAACAAAGACCAGCAAAGCAGAAGCAUCUCAUAAAAAGGAUCCUGUGCAGUACGUCUCUGAAACAGAGUCAGACAGUGACAACUUUCAGUCCCUGAAGAAUGUCUCCAAACCCAAACAGAAUGGCUCUGACAAAAAUAAGAAGUCAAAAACAGAGUGCUCUCCUCCAGGAGUCAAAGAGGUGGUGAAGACUUCCACGAAGCCUUUCUCAAACCAGGGGAAAACUGGGCUGAAGAGUCCUCCACGUCCUGCUUUAACUCCUCCACCUCAACCCAAAAAAACUCCAACCUCAGUGAUUGACUUUUUCGGCAGUGGCUCCAUUCAUCGCUCAGACAAGAAGCUGGUCGCCAGCAGCAAAAGAAAGGCCCCAACUCAAGAGCCAGAGGAUCUGAUAAGCGAUGAGGAUCUCGCCCGACAGCUGCAGAUGGAAGAGGAGAUGGAGCUGGAAAAACGUGUCCAUGAUGACGAGGAAUUUGCCAGAACUCUGGCCAUGUUGGACGCAGAACCACAAGCCAAGAAGGCUCGCAAAAGCUCUGAGGAGAAACAAAGCAUGACGUCUCCCGCAAAGAGCAGCCCGGCCGGCGCUGCUGCUGCUGCCCGCAGCACAAGCAGCCUGUCAAAGUCUAAUCAAUCCAUGUCAGAAGAUGUGAUUAGUCCGUCGCCCAAGAGGAGCCCCGGCAAGGCCAGCUCAAAACUGGCCAUGAUGAAGAAGAAGGAUGAAGGAACAAAGACUAAAACAGGCACUUCGCCCAUAAAAGUGUCCUUUUCUCCGAAAAAGGAAUCUCCCGCUUCUCCGAUCUCAAAGUUCACACCUAAAAUGGCAACCACACCCACCGCACUUAAAACGUCUCCCAAGAAACCUGAGAGCACAAACACGAGUCCCGAAGAUGCUGAGAGGAAGAAGAAGGUCAACUCUACAGCUUACAGAAAUUACCUGAACAGAGACGGACCGCGGGCUCUGGGAUCCAAAGAAAUCCCAAAGGGAGAAGAGAACUGUCUGGAGGGCUGCGUGUUCGUGCUGACGGGCGUCCUGGAGUCCAUGGAGAGGGACGACGCCAAAUCUCUGGUUGAGCGCUAUGGAGGCAAAGUGACGGGCAACCUCAGCAAGAAGACCACGUACCUGGUGCAGGGCCGAGACGGCGGCGUGUCCAAGAUGGAGAAGGCGGAGGGUUUUGGCACCAAGAUCCUGGAUGAAGAUGGUCUGUUGGAUCUGAUCCGAACCAAACCAGGGAAGAAAUCCAAGUAUGAAAUUGCUGCAGAAGCUGAGACCAAAGCUGCGAAGAUCAAGACUCCUCCCAGCAAGGCGUCAAAGAGCACCCCGAGAAGUCAGAAGAUUUCUCCCUCAAAGGGCAACUCCACGUCCCCUCGCACGCCGAGCCCGUCGAAGACCGGCCAGGUCCGGAGAGCCGGUGCCAAGACCAGCGAGGGCAGCACGCCGCCCGGGAGGGGCUCAGGCCACGUGGCCCGGAGGGAGCUGAGCCUCUCGUCUUCCUCGUCGCCUUCCUCCUCCGCCCCGAAACCGUCCUCGCCGGCGGGGGAGGGCAGCAGCCUGCUGUGGGUGGACAAGUACCGUCCACAGUCUCUGAAGGCUGUGAUUGGCCAGCAGGGGGACCAGAGCUGCGCCAACAAGCUGCAGCGCUGGCUGCAGAACUGGCACAGACACCACGGCGGUGGAGCUGGUUCUGGGAAACCAGCAGCACCGAGGUUUGGGAAAUUCGGAGGAGGGAAGGAUGAUGGAUCGGGAUUCAAAGCUGCUCUUCUCUCUGGACCUCCAGGGGUGGGGAAGACCACCACCGCUGCACUGGUCUGCGAGGAGCUGGGCUUCAGCUACGUGGAGAUGAACGCCAGCAGCACUCGCAGCAAAAACAGCCUGAAGGAAAGUGUUGCCGAGUCCCUGAACAACACCAGCAUUGAAAACUUCUACAAAGGCACUUCUCAGACGGUGAGCAGCAAACACGUGCUGAUCAUGGACGAGGUGGACGGUAUGGCGGGUAACGAGGACCGAGGAGGUAUCCAGGAGAUGAUUGGCCUGAUAAAAGGUUCAAAGAUUCCCAUCAUCUGCAUGUGCAACGAUCGCAACCAUCAGAAGAUCAGGUCAUUGUCCAACUACUGCUUCGAUCUGCGCUUCCAGAGACCGAGAGUGGAGCAGAUCAAGGGGGCCAUGAUGUCUAUCGCUUACAAGGAGGGAAUCAAGAUCCCACCUCCAGCUCUCAAUGAAAUAAUUUUGGCCUCCAAUCAUGACGUCCGACAGGUGAUUCACAACCUGAGUAUGUGGUCGGCCAAAGACAAGGUGAUGACAUACGACCAGUGCAAGUCUGACGCGGCCAGCGCUCGUAAGGACAUGAAGCUCGGGCCCUUCGACGUCUGCAGGAAGGUGUUUGCCGCAGGGGACGAGACUGCGCACAUGAGCCUCAUCGACAAGUCCGACCUCUUUUUCCACGACUACUCGCUCGCGCCGCUGUUCGUCCAAGAGAAUUACCUGAACGUCCGUCCUGCUGCCGCCAGGGGGGAUACGAAGGCCCACCUGGUGCUGCUCAGUAAGACGGCGGACUCAAUCUCCGACGGAGACCUGGUGGACAGAAAGAUCCGCUCAGGACAAAACUGGUCACUGCUGCCCACUCAGGCCAUCUACGCCAGCGUGCUACCCGGGGAGCUCAUGAGGGGCUACAUGUCUCAGUUCCCGACCUUCCCGAGCUGGCUGGGCAAGAACUCCUCCACCAGCAAACACUCUCGCAUCAUACAGGAGCUGAGCUCUCACAUGAGCUUAAAGACCCUCAGCAGCAAACAGGCGGUGAAUCAGGACUACCUGUACUACCUGCGCCAGGCCGUGCUGGACCCGCUCCAGAAGCGCGGAGCAGACGGCGCCGGUCAGGCCGUGCAGCUGCUGGACGAUUACGACCUGGUCAGGGAGGACGUGGACAGCAUCAUGGAGAUCAGCAGCUGGGGAGGACAGCCCGACCCGUACUCCAAACUGGACUCCAAGGUGAAGGCGGCUUUCACGCGUGCCUACAACAAAGAGGUCCACCUGACGCCGUACUCCCUGCAAGCCGUCAAAAAGGGUCGCCGUGGUGGCGGGGGAGAAACGGAGUUGGGAGAGGAGGGCGAGGGUCAAGAGGCUCGGGAGUCUGAAGACGAAGGGGAGGGGCUCAAAAUCGAUGCCAUGAUCAAACAGAAGAAGACUAGAAACACUAAAGAGUCAAAGAAGGAGAAGAAAGAAGACGAGGGAAAGGGCAAAGGAAAAGGCAAAAGCAACGAUAAGGGGAAAGGCAAGGGCAAGGGGAGGGCCAAGAAAUGACCCGUAACCGUCCCCAUCAUCGGAGGAGAACUGGAUUUCCUGAUCUACCUAACACCCGUUACAUAACACCUGUCCAUUAACAUGAAUUGGCCCUAACUCACCUGUCUUUAAUCACAUCACCCCAUGCUGACUGGGAAGCAUCUGUCAUCCUUUUUCUUUUACUUCUGGUCUCUUCAUAUUGGACAGAUACUCCAUAUUAAUAUAUUAUCAUGCCUGUGCACUUCUGUAGUUAUGCAUCUCAUCAGGAUUCAUGUGUAUUUCUUCAUUUGUUUGUAUUUCAGGUGUUGAGGAUGUAAAUAAUGUCACAAAGAACUGUUACCUUUUGCCACUCAAACAGAAAUAUCAGCCUUUUCCCGGCGAUUAGAACUGAUUAUUUUCUUGUAUAUUUCAAUUUUGUAAUAGAUAAAUAUGUUGCUUAAGAGUAUCAGUGUUGUGUUGCUUUCUUUUUUUAUACAUUUGAUUUAAGACUGCCCUUUUCAGAUAUAUUAAAAAAAACAGACGAUAAGAGUGACUUCAUGUAUUGACCUUUAUUCAACUGUCAAGCAAAGUGCUUAAAUUUCCUGCUUACGGUGAGAUAAUUAUUUGAGCAGUUAUAUUUCAACACAGCAGCUAAUGAAACAAGUGCUCUUUGAGCUGUAGAUUGAUUUUUAGUUUCCAGCAGAUGAGGUCAAUCAUGGACAUGUUUCAGUCUGU